ACAGAGUGGAUGUCCAUCCCUGACAGAGCAAGAGCCUCUCUUUCUCUUCCCCCUCCCUUUUUUUUAUUUAAACCAAGGAAGAAUUCUUCAUGGGACCACGUCUGCUUUGCCUGUCUUGGUUGUGAGCAUCACUUGCCUCGCAGAGCAUUCUAAGGGGAGGUGGCCCACCUGAGUGCUACAGAGAUGUCUUCAGCCUUUUUUCACUGAUGCUUCACCAGCAUGGAUUUUUUCACCCAUGCAGCCAGCAGGACAUCAGGUUUUGCUGCUUACAAUGAAAGUGGUACUCAGAAGACAGACAAAAAAAAUGAGCUUAAUGGACAUCAAUAAGAUUUUCUCCAUGCUCCAACCCAGAGAAGAUGAAGAUAAUGGAGAAAGUGAGGAGCUGAACCAAGCGGUGUCUGAGGAUGAUUACCAAACUCUUGACAAGCUCUUGCACCAAGACAGGUACAAGAGAGUCAUCAACAGCAGGAGUGGCUGGGGUGUUCCCAGCACCCCACUGCACCUGGCCGCCUCCAAGGGCCACCUCAGGAGCCUGGAGGUCCUCCUGUCUCAUGGGGCGGAGGUGGACAGCCUGGACGUGAAGGCACAAACCCCUCUCUUCACAGCAGUCAGUAAUGGCCGAUUGGAGUGCGUGAAAGCGCUGCUGGAGGCAGGAGCUGGUCCCUCUGGCAGCAUCUACAACAAUUGCUCACCACUGCUGACGGCAGCUAGGGAUGGGAACGUUGAGAUUCUGCAGCAGCUCCUGGAACAUGGUGCCGAGACCAAUGUCCAAGCAAGGGUGCCUGAGUGGGCUGCCAACUCCACUGCUUGUUCCGGUCCGCUUUACCUCGCGGCUGUCUAUGGGCACCUGGAAUGCUUUAGGUUGCUGCUGCUCUAUGGUGCCGAUCCCAACUACAACUGCACUGAUGAGAGGAUGAUUGCGCGCAUCAAGGAGCCCAAGACUCUGCUGGAGAUCUGCCUGAGGCACAGCUGCCGGCGUGAGUUCAUCAAGCUGCUUCUUGACUUUGGAGCCAAUGUGUAUUUGCCAAACAUCAAGAAGAUAGCACCUGGUAGCGAGGGCCUAGAGCUGCUGUUGCAGGCAAGAGCUCAUCCCAAAUCCCUGAUGUCUCAAUCUAGGCUGGUGGUGAGGCACAUCCUGAAGCAGGCUGGCUGUGCACAUGCCCUCAGAGAGCUGGACAUUCCACCAGUGCUGGUGAGCUACCUCCAACAUCAGCCUUAGCGGGGACACACUAUGGAAGACACCCAGAAAUAUGCCCAGUGCCUGAAUUAAAAGCUCCUCUGACGUUGCUGUUGCACAACACAAAACAGAUGUGAAUUUGUGGUUAAGAAGUCUUUUUGCUUGCAAAGUGUCUCUGAAACCUGUAUGGAAAGAUGGUAAGAGAAGCAGGAGAGAAAACCAGGAGCCUUCAGCUCCUGCUGUGCAUCAGGCAUAUCAGAGUGAUGGCAGAGCAGGAUCUGAGCAAAGCUGCAGGUUGUUCCUCACAGCAUCGCCUCAGCUGUGUAUAAGACCCAUUUCCCAGAGAGGUACUUCUAAGGUACUUCCUUGGUUGUGCAGCCUGGUGAGAGCCGCAGGAGGCUGUUUCAGCCGCAUUCACGUGCCCUAAUGCUACCUAGAUGUGGCUGUCACUUCCCCUGCACCCAUGCCAUGCCCUGACGUCGGGUAAACACAAGUGCUGUUGCCCAGUGGCAAUGCUUGUAGGUGACUCAGGCAGAGGCUGCAGUUUGUGUUCCCAGGCAAAAAUCCCUGAAGUCUCAAAUCCCACUUCUCUGCUCAAGGAGUAUCAUUAAAUAUCAUUUUACUUUUACUAAAAGUGAUUCAUGUUACUGCUGAGGGCUGAAGCAUCUCUCUUGGCUGAGUGCCUAUGACUGUGCAGGAUUUUUUUUAAUUAAAAAUGUACGCUAAUAUUUUUAUUAAACUAUUGUGAUCUGUUUGGUAAA